CAAAACUAGAAAACCAAUUUCCAUUUUCUUUCUCUCUCUAAAGAUGGAUCCAGAGUUCUACCAAAACGUCGUCGUAAUGAGGCACGGCGAUCGCGUCGACGACGCCGAGCCUAUGUGGUCAGCCAAGGCGACCCGUCCAUGGGACCCGCACCUUGUUCAACCGGGUCGGGUCCGGGCAUUCUCCACGGGUCGCAAGUUUCGUAAAACUCUCGGGUUCCCGCUUCAUCGGGUCUUCGUCUCACCCUUCCUCCGCUGUGUCCAGACCGCCGCUGAAGUCGUCGCCGCCCUUUCCGCCGUCGGUGAAGAUGAAGACCCCAACGCACUCACCGGUGACUCUGUCACCAUCGAUCCUUCUAAAGUUAAGGUUUCUGUUGAAUAUGGGUUAUGUGAAAUGAUGAGCAGGGAGGCAAUCAGGCUUGACGUUGCUCCUAAAGAUGGAAAUUGGGGUUUUGAUAUAGCAGAACGUGAAGCCAUGCUUCCAGCCGGGACAGUGGAUCGAAAUGUACAAAGGAUCUAUAAAGAGUUACCCAAGUGGGAAGAGCCACAUUCACGCACAAAGGCUAGAUAUGAGCAAAUAGUUACAGACCUUGCAGAUAAACAUCCUACUGAGAAUUUGCUGCUUGUCACACAUGGGGAAGGUGUCGGGACAGCUCUUUCUUCAUUCAAAAAGGGAACUCUGGUUUAUGAAGUUAUGUACUGUGGAUACGUGGAGCUUAGACGCCCAAUUUUCAAGAAGAAUCAGUCGUUUACUGCUGGAGAAUUCGAAGUACUUACGAAUAAUGGUCAAACUGGGGUAAGCUAUUCCAUAGAACAGCUCUCUGAGCAAUGAGCAUCAGUUAAACUUCAUAUUAGUGGCCAAUUAUAUGCCAGAUACCCACAUAAUACUCUGAUUAAGCAUCGGUUUAACUUCAUCCUCCUACAUACCAAUACAAAAUGAUGUUUACAGCUAAAUUAUUUAUUUGCUAAGGAUUUAAUGUGUGUACUUUGUCAGUGUUACACAGACAUUAAAAAUAAACUUCUAAUUUAGUUAAAAUAAAAAAGAAUGUAACACCAACAAUGUGUUGGCCUAGUGGAAAACUAAGCUAUACUUCCGGAUGAGAGCACAAGUUCGAAUCCCUAGCCAAAUGUAAUCAUAAAAUGAUUGGAUGUUGUUAAUAGGUUUUACACUUACAUAGUACAUGAAAUUUAUACUCA